GCGCCAAUUAUACAAUAGGCAUAAGCAUAACCAUUCACCAUUUACUACUGAGUGCCAAUUUGAUGUUCUUCAAUCUUCAGUAUCAACGACCUAACUCGGAUUUACCAUCAACGAAGAGUUUAGUGUAGCAACGCAUCGAUGGCGGAGACUAUCUCUCCCAUGGAAAUCGACGGCAACGAAACCCCUUUCCCUUCAAGUACCGACAAGGGUAAGAGGGUCUUCGUCGCCGGGAACAACUCCGGUAAAGGCAAGGCCACUCCGUGGGUCGAGAAGUACCGCCCUCAGUCCCUAGAUGACGUCGCUGCUCACCGUGACAUCAUCAGUACCAUUGAUAGGCUGACUACUGAGAACAGAUUGCCACAUCUUCUACUAUAUGGUCCACCUGGCACGGGCAAAACUUCGACUAUUCUUGCCGUGGCACGCAAACUCUAUGGAAAGCAAUACCACAAGAUGAUUUUGGAGCUCAAUGCCUCUGAUGAAAGAGGAAUUGAUGUUGUACGGCAGCAGAUUCAAGAUUUUGCUAGCACCCAGAGCUUAACAUUUGGUGCAAAGGCCUUAGUGAAAUUGGUCUUGCUAGAUGAAGCAGAUGCCAUGACAAAGGAUGCCCAAUUUGCAUUACGUAGAGUGAUUGAGAAAUAUACAAAAAGUACAAGGUUUGCACUUAUCUGCAAUCAUGUAAAUAAGAUUAUCCCUGCACUACAAUCAAGGUGCACUCGAUUUCGAUUUGCCCCUCUUGAUGAAGUCCAUGUCACUGAUAGACUGAAGCAUGUUAUUAAAGCUGAAGGGCUUGAUGUUGAAGACAGUGGCUUAGCUGCACUUGUUCGCCUUAGCAAUGGUGAUAUGAGAAAGGCUUUGAAUAUUCUUCAGUCAACGCAUAUGGCUUCUCAGCAGAUAACAGAAGAAGCUGUAUACCUGUGCACUGGAAAUCCAUUGCCCAAAGAUAUUGAGCAAAUAUCUUAUUGGCUGCUAAAUGAACAAUUUUCAGAGAGUUUUAGAAGAAUACAUGAAAUCAAGACAAGGAAAGGAUUGGCCCUGGUAGAUAUUGUGAGAGAAGUGACAAUGUUUGUCUUUAAGAUUAAGAUGCCUCCAGAUGUCCGAGUACAGUUGAUUAAUGAUUUGGCAGACAUAGAGUACAGAUUAAGUUUUGGGUGCAAUGACAAGCUUCAGCUUGGUUCAAUUAUUGCUACGUUUACUCGAGCCAGAUCUGCACUGGUUGCUGCUGCUAAAUAGCCUACUUUGAUCUGUUCAACUUGGUGACUGCUUUCACAUGCUCUUUGGCUUGGCUUGCCAGCUUUUGCACCAUCAAGAAUGAGUUUAGGGUCUAAUUUGUAAAGACAAACGUUGUUUGUCGGUUUUUAACUUAAAACCAGUUUUCACUUUACAUAAUCUCAAGUUAGAUCUUUCAGUAUUUAUUAUCGUAAUUUAUCAACAUGUUCACUGCUAUUCAGUUUAAGAGAGACAUCGGAAUGAAUGGCUUCCCUACCUUUGACUGAACCC